AGGAACUUAUUGAAUCCCAAAAACGUGAAUUGUGAAUAAGCACAAUCGAGUUCAUGAAUGGGUCGAAAGAAGAAAUUCAUUGACAGGAAGAAUGCAGUGACAUUCCGAUUGGUGCACAGAAGCCAGCAGGAUCCCCUGGUGGCUGAUGAAACAGCACCUGAACAUGUGCUGCUAGAAGUGGCAGGGAAGAACUCCCACAAGGCUUGGGGAAGUGUAAGAAAAGAUGAUGAAAAAGGAAAUGUGGAGAAGCGGAGAGAGGAGCAACGCAAAUAUGGAGUGUUCUUUGAUGAUGAUUACAACUAUCUUCAGCAUCUGAAGGUUGUAUCUGAGCCAAAUGUUGAGUGGGAACCCAUCACUGAGCCCAAUAACCUUGAGAAAGAGGAUGUUUCUAAGGUUCCAUCUGAAGAGCCUGAGGUGAAAUUCACUCUUCCUUCAUCAGUGUUUGCCUCUGAAGUGGAAGAAGAAGUUGGGCUGCUUAACAAGGCAGCACCCUUGAGAGGACCACAGAUUGACUGGGAUCCAGAUGUUGUAGCUGCAUUGGAUGAUGACUUUGAUUUUGAUGAUCCUGAGAAUGAGCUUGAAGAUGAUUUUAUUCUUCAAGCAAAUGCUAAAGAAGUUGAAGACAACAAAUCAAAGGAAUCCUCAUGUGGGGAUGCAAAUGAGUCUGAUGCUGACAGUGAGCUCACUAAUGAGCAGUCUUUUGCUGAUGAGGAGACACGAUCCAGAUUCACCAACUAUUCCCUUACCAGCUCUGUCAUGCGACGAAAUGAACAGCUCACACUCUUGGAUGAGCGCUUUGAGACAUUGUAUGAGCAGUAUGAUGAGACAGAAAUAGGUCCUCUAGACACUGAGGACAUUGAAGGUUAUAUAGAUCCAAACUCCGAUCUUAUGAUGCGUCUAGCAGAUGAAUUCCAGAAGGAACGGGCUUUAGAGAAACCUAGCCUUGGUCACAAAAUCAACUUGGAAGAGGAGUCAACAUCUGAAGAUGAAAUGGUGACAAUUGAGGUUGAAGAUGAAGAGAGGGAGAAAUGGGAUUGUCAGUCUAUUCUGAGUACAUAUUCCAAUUUAUACAAUCAUCCUAAAGUUGUUGACCUUCCACCCCAAUUUCACAAGAUCAAGUUGUCCCGAAGUGGUGUUGCAAUUGAAGGCCUCCCAAAUCAGUCUGGACUCACCAGGCGCAAUUUGCAGGCUCUAGAUGAUGAGACAAACAUGGUGGAGCAAGCUGAAGAUACAGAGUCACUUCUGAGUCGACUGAGUCGGAUCUCAGUGCGUCCAGAGGGGGAGACACCAGAGCAGCGCAGGGAGCGGAAGCGGGAAGUCCGGGAACUGAGACGGGAGAGGCGGAUGGAGAAGAGGGCAAACACCACUGCAUUCAAGCUGGAGAAGGAGAAGCAGGAACGGGAAGCUCGUAAUGCCAAACACAGUCAUCCAGGCAUCAAGCUCUGAGAUCCCUUGUAUUUGUGGCCCUUGUAAAAAUAAAUAUGUUGUUUUCAUUUGGAAAAA